AUGAACUGGAUCUCCUACUACUUGGGAAACCAUCCCCGACGCGUCCUUCUCGCCGUCUUCUGCGCGCUGAUUCCUCUGCUCAGGUGAGGUCUGAUCAAUGGCAGAUCGCAGAAGCCAUCAAUCACAUUCAUCUCUUUUCCUUUCCGCUUUACAGCUACUUUCUCAUCUACCCGCUAGAAAUCGAGUGUGACGUUAGAAGAGGUUUCGCCAACAAGCACGGCCACGCAGUCGAAGAACUUACCGUAAUCCUCAUUGCUGAUUCCGUUCGAGACUAUGUCUUUUUUCAGAAAUUCUCCAACUUUACAACAUUUCGGUGGGCGGCCUCGAGAUCUGGGGAGUCCUGGCCCGCAACAAGUCACUCGAAGACGACCUGACCAUCAACUUGAAACUGCUGAACGAGGUCGACCGACUGCAUCAGUUUGUGUGGAACUACACUGCGCAGUACAAAGGAGAAACGAUCCGGUUCAAAGAUCUGGCCGCCGAAGAUAUCAACUAUGUCUUCAACUACUAUCGGGUACGGUAACAUGCACUUUACGCGAGAAUGAAGGACGGUUCAGAAACUGCUGGCGAUCGAAUGGCUGCCCGGCGUUGACCUGUCCUACCCGCUCGCGUCUGCAUUCGGCCAUCAGUUCUACCUGGGAUCGCAGUUCUUUGGAGUCAACAAUGGGCAAGUUGCGAAGGUGAGAUAUCUUUUUCUUUCCGCGUAGUUUGGUCUUUAAAACGUGCGCGGCAGCUUCUGAUGUAUGUAGCAGAAGAAACGGCAGAUCAAUAAGUGACAUUGUAGGAAGGACCGAUCAAAACGGCCAAGUUCGUGGCCCUCUGGUACAUGAGCAAAGCGGAAACGUUCGAAGAGAAACAGAAGUUGCAAUCGGUCCAACUGGGAAUAUUCCGGAAGUCGGCCGAAGGAUUCAGCGACCUCUACAACUUUGAAAUGUUCGGAGACCAAGUGGCGAACGCGGAAAUGCUCAGAGGCACGCUGACUACUGUGAAGCUGUUCGUGAUCGGCGGAAUUCUCAUGAUCGCCUUCAUGGCGUUCACUUUCAUCGAACUCACCACCUUCUCCAAAUGCAUGCUCAUCCUCGGAGCGAUCGGAUCUCCGCUGGCGGCCACUGGUGCUUGCUUCGCCAUUCUCGGCUGGAUCGGCCAUCCCUUCAACUCGAUCAUGUGCAUCACUCCGUUCCUCAUUCUCGGAAUCGGAGUCGACGACGCCUUCUUGCUUCUCAACUGCUGGAGACGUGAGGAGAGCAAGGAGCCGCAUCUGAAGUCGGCGAAAGAAGCGGAGAAUCAGCUGGCCCGUGUGGUCCGUGAGAUUUCGCCGUCGAUGGCCAUCACUUCCCUCACGAAUACGAUGGCGUUCGGCGUCGGAUUCCUGUCGCCAACCCCUCAAAUGAGCUCUUUCUGCCUAGGAACUGCGCUUGCAAUCGUCCUCGAUUUCCUCUUCGAAUUUCUGAUUUUCGUGCCGUGCAUGGUUAUGUUUUACGAGAAAAGAGUCGAAAAGCCGUCAGAGUCGAUGGAAAAGAACGAAAAGAGAGGAUCCCAUCAGUCUUCGGGUCGUAUCUCCUGGAGAUCCUUCACGAACGGACUGCUCUCCAUCCCCGGAAGAGCCCUGGUCAUCCUUCUCUAUGCUGCUCUUUUUACGGCUUCCUACCUCGGGGCGGCCAGCAUGGAGACAACGUUCGAUCCAUCGAAAACGUUCCCAUCGGACUCGAAACUUGUCGAUUCGCUUCACAGUUUCACGACAAUUCAAGAAGAGGUAAACAGUAGAGAGGCCACGUGAUCCCCACAUGAACACCGAUAUUGCAGUACUCUCCGUUGAAUUUCCUCUCCAAGGUUCCUGAUCUUUCAAACGAAGCUGAUGUGGCCAACUUCGAGGAGAUGCUCCGUCGGUUGGAAUUCAGAGAAGGAUGCUAUGGAACCGUGGGCAGUCACAACAUUUACAGGGACUACAAACAGGUACAAACGGGAAGAAGGGACGAUGUUUGAUCGCAAAUCAUUUUAGUACUUGAACCUCACUUCGUCGGAUGAGAAAAGUUACGACAAAUUGGAAACAUUCUUGAAGGGGCGAGGAAUGGCAGACAGGGGAACAAUCAAGUGGCACAAGGAGGGGUCAGACUUUAGAUUGUUAAUUAACUUUAGAUAUCCCGUCAUUCCAGAAAUGAGACAAUCGUCGAUUUCGUCAACUUUGUCGUCGUGUGCCAAGGCCGUCCGAGCUGGUCAGAACGGGCGGUGAACGUUGAGAAGACACGACAGAUUCUGGCCGAUUUCCCCGAAUAUAAUACCACACUGUUCGAUUACGACGGAACAAUCUACGACCUGAUCAUCACCGUCAAGGCAAGCAGAACGGUUUGCAGAAGAGAGAGAGAGUGCACUUUUCAGGGCGAACUGGUCAAGUCUCUGGCCAUCACUUUCACCUGCAUGACCAUCGCCUGCUUUGUCAUCAUGCCGUCUUUCGUGGCACCUACCAUCGCCUCCGUCGCCACCGUUUCCAUUUCUUUCAGUGAGUGAUUCGGGCAGAGAGAAAAAGAAUUGAUUAUCAGAAGAAUGCGCAUGAAACCGAUGGUUCGAGCCUCGCAUUGGGAUGAUGAUUUUUCAGGUCUCGUUGGCUUUCUCUCAAUUUGGGGACAGAACCUCGACCCUGUUACAAUGAUUGACGUUAUCAUGGCUAUCGGGUUUUCCGUCGACUACAGCGCUCAUGUUUGCUAUCACUACUACUGCGCAAGAAAAUCAGAAACGAACUCAAAACAAGAGGUGAUAACGAGGGUCCUGCAGGCAGUCGGGCGGCCAGUUAUUGAGGUAAAACGGAACUCACUCCGGCCAUCCGUUGAUGAGUUGAGUUGCAGGCGUCCCUGACGACGUUGCUCUGCAUGGCUCCGUUGUUCGUCGUCCCUGUCUAUAUGAUCCGCUCGUUCGCAAAAACAGUGACGCUCGUGACGACGUUCGGGCUCCUGCACGGCCUUUUCUUUCUCCCCGUCGUGCUCUACUUCAUUCCGCUGGAUGCUCCCAAACACUCUCUGCCCACUUUCACUCCGAGCACUCAACCUCUCGUGUCCAUGGAAGACGACGAAAAGUAACGUGUUCCGACCCCGAAUUCUUCUCUUUUGUACAUAUCCGUUUUGUACUUUUCCCCUCCCUUCAGCCAUCGAUAACGCGUAGCCUUCUCUGCCAAACACCUCAUGAAUAGUCUGUGUGUAAAUACUAGAAUCUCCGCUAAUAAUAUUAAUAAAACGGGCCGAGCUGAAAAAUGUUUCGCAGAACACACAAGAAGACGUCAAACAUUCCGAGACGAUUGUCUUUGCGGUCCGCUCUGAUUCACUCCUUUUUAUUCUCUUCAAACAGACCCUUCUUCCCUAAAAUGUGUCUGUAGAAUCGAUCACGAGAAACAAAACAAACGAAAUUCGGAAGAAGGUUUUUGGCAAUGAUAAGUAACCCGCAGUCACACGGCCGAAAACAUCAGCUGAAAAAGAGCAGAAACCAUGACGUGGCAGAGCACUUUCGGUCAGAUUUCUCAAUUGAUCUUUGUAUAGAAGACGAAGACAGGUUUGUGAAGAUCAAAACAAGUUGGAGAGACGGAAACAAACGUGUUAUUAUUAUCAAAUGGAAUGGAGCAGAGGAAGUCUGGAAGAACGAGCAGUUCCGGUUUGUACCUGAAGAAAAGACAAUAGGGGAACAUGAUAAUGUUAACGGAAUUAUCGAAAUAUUAUGCAUUGUCUUGUGAAAGGGAAUGAUGAUGCCAUCUGACUGGAAACAUUCAUUGGUGCCACAGCGAUAACAGAUAUAGAACAAACAAUCGUUGAGAAACUUCUAGUUUCAGGAAGAACUACAUUCCUCGUCACCUUCUGGAAGUUUCUAAAAUUCAGAUGCGAUUACUCCCGGAAUAAUUUCAAAUAUUUCCAUGAAAAACGGCCGUUGAUCGAUGCUGUCGUACUCUGAAACACUUGAAAACUGAUAAGCGAAACUCUCCUUUUCCUCUGUUAUUAUUCAUUGGAAAUUAUCAUUCUUUGGAAUGCAGAAAGUGCUAGUCAACUUUGAAUCAUGAAAGUGUGUUGAAUUGAAAUGGAUCACACAGGUACACAGAUAGCAACUUCGCGUGGAAAUGAAUUCCUAGUCUCAAAAGUGACGCAAUCAAAUUUUAAAGAAAACCGACAUAACAGCUAAAAAGAGAGUUCCGUCACUCGUCCAAACACAGAUAACGGACAACCUUCCAUUUCCGGUAGUUUUCACUUUCUCGUUACUUUAUUUAUUUGUUCCGUUCCUUUUCAAAAAUAAACCUGCAAAAGAAAACAUAGCGUGUGGAAGCGGGCGUCUCCAUUCCCUUCUGGUCCCCUCACCGACACUGUAGCCUUGGCUCCGAUACGCUGAAAUGACCGAGACACGUCUGCGAAGCGCCGCCCACUUUCGCUGUCUCUCGGCUCCGUUGAUAACGGCCUGAAUCGGGCAGUCUCCGCACAGUGAUAAGUGUCACUUUCCGUGAUUUGCCUCCAGUUUCACUUUCCCUUUUCUCUGUUUUCGAGUCCCGUGAUUCAAUAUUUGUUUGCCAGGUAGCUUCCGGCUGAAAUUCUCUUAAAGUCCAACUCAUUCCCAACUUUAUUCGCCGACUGACUCACCUUCUCUUCUGUCGUUUCGUCGAUAGUUAUUUCCGUACUUCGGCGUCAAACUUUCCAAUCUCGUGCUCUUUCCCGAAAGAGGCGAGUCAGCUGGUUUCAGAGAUACGCCCACUCCAUUGUCAGAUAGGCAACAUCAUUUCGUAUACAUAUUAAACGUUUCGAAGAAAGUGAAACGCACUGAUAAGAGAGCCCUUCUUCGCUUCCACGACUGACGAAAGCGGCCGCCCAUCGGCCCGUCAUCUUUAUUAGUUGCUCUCUGCCCGCUCUAGUUUUUGCUCUUUCGGUGAAAAACCAUAAAUACCAACAAGACUAUGUUGUUCUUGCCUAAGCAGGAUUGCUCUCUUCUACUAAUUCUCGGAUAAACCCUCGAGUUUCUGCUCGAGCCGCCGUCCAUUUCGGUGCAGUUUCCCGGAGCGCCCGCCGACUUUUCUUCUGAAAUCGUGUCCUUUCUUCCGGCUCUCAUUAUUUUCGGAAAGCAACCCCAACUUUUAGGGCUCCUUCGGCCUCGUUGCCUCAUUUCCGAAUGUCGUUUUUGAGUAAUGAUUUCGGCAAUCCGCCGGCCGCCACUUCGCCGCCGACUACUAUCUCUCCAAUGCCCAAGAUUCCGACAAUCCAGGAUAUGCUCAACAACAUCGGAGCUUCCACAGGUGCCCCUUCAAUCUCUUCAGAUCCUUCUAGAACUUUAAUGCCAUUGCAGUGAACCUGAUGCAGAAUCCAUACCUCCAACAGAAUCAGAUUCCCUUGACAAUGCCCCAGCUCACGUUCAACCCGUUCCUCCAUCUGAAUCCUGCUAUCAGCCAGGAGAUUAUCCAGCAAUUCCUCGCCAUGAGCUUCAAUGCUCCGACUGUCCUGGCUGGAAUGGCCAACAUCGGAGAAGACGAGGGCACUUGCAACCCGAAGAUGCGACGUGGCGACCUGCUGAAGAGUGCCUCUCUGGACAGCACCGAAGAUCCUCCGGCGAGCGCCAUCACUUUUGACAACAACGGAGACAUGAUCGUGCCGAACAACGACAAAGAAGGUGAGAAGUGAGCCUCGGUUGACCCCGUCUGACCGUUUCGUUAUCAGGCUGGUGCCGCAAUAAGAAGUACAUCGAGAGGACGGAGAACGGUUACAUGUGCACUGUUUGCCGUAAGGUUUACGGAAGAUACAACUCGGUCUCGUACCACGUCACCAUCUACCACAGAAAUCCGCCAAUCAAGUAUUCGCGCCAAAACCGUUUUCAGUUGGAUUAUUGUACUUUCAGAUGCAACAUGCCAAACUGUCAGUUCACCACUCGCGAGGCUCGGUACAUUCACUUCCACAAGUACUACAGACACGGAAUUCCACUUCCGCAGAGUAUCGAUCAAGGUAGGUUGAAAACGUGGAAAUCUUGGAUUAUCCAGGCGAUGAUCGAGUAGAAGUGUUAUCGGGAAAAGAGGGAUUCCGAUACUCUGAGAAGGAUUUGAUAGUUUUCGAAGAGAGUCUAAUCUACCGUAGUGCUCUUGAACUGCUUCGUCACUACUCGCUGCUCUCGCACACAUUCCGCUGCAAACAUUUCGCUGAUAACUGCGAUUCAUUCCAGGAAACCCGUGUCGCUUUCACUUUCGCUCUCGUUCUCUUCUCCGAUAAUCUGAUAACUGUCGUGCUUACAGGUUCUCGAAAAUGCCCUCACUGCCGUCACGUGUCGAAGAGUCCGGCGAUGCUCGAAAAGCAUAUCAGGAGGCAUCAGUUAAAGUGAGUGGACGGGUCACGGGGUCUCUUAUCAGCGUGACGUCUCGUUCUUCAGUUCUCAAUUGUUUCUUUCAGGGACGAUCGCUCGACGGACAGUAGUGUGGAUCUUCUGGAAGCGAUGCGCGAGAGAACCUCCACCAUUUGCGACGAGACGAUGGACGUGGAGCCAGUGGAGACGGACGUCGUGCUCGAGACGAAACCGCGCUCGUGCACCUUGUAA